AUCCAGGCUGUCUUGUCAUUGUAUGCUUCCGGUCAUACCACCAGUAUCGUCAUGGACUCUGGUGAUGGUGUUGACAUUAUCGUCAUGGACUCUGGUGACGGUUUCACCCUUCCACAUGCCAUCCUCCAUCUCGAUCUUGCUGGUCGUGAUCUUACCGACUAUCUG